UGUUACCAUGGCGAUGACUGCAGGGACUACAACUUCCUUUCCCAUGAGUAACCACACCCGGGAGAGAGUGACGGUGGCCAAACUUACGCUGGAGAACUUCUACAGUAACCUAAUUAUACAGCAUGAAGAGAGAGAAACCAGGCAGAAGAAGCUAGAAGUGGCUAUGGAAGAGGAAGGCCUUGCAGAUGAGGAGAAAAAAUUGCGCAGGUCACAACACGCUCGCAAGGAAACAGAGUUUCUGCGACUGAAGAGGACUAGACUUGGCUUGGAUGAUUUUGAGUCUUUGAAAGUUAUAGGAAGAGGAGCAUUUGGGGAGGUACGCCUUGUUCAGAAGAAGGAUACAGGUCAUAUUUAUGCAAUGAAGAUACUGAGAAAAGCAGAUAUGCUGGAGAAAGAGCAGGUAGCCCAUAUCCGAGCAGAAAGAGAUAUUUUGGUUGAAGCAGAUGGAGCCUGGGUGGUGAAAAUGUUUUACAGCUUUCAGGAUAAAAGAAAUCUUUACCUGAUCAUGGAGUUCUUACCUGGAGGUGACAUGAUGACUUUGCUAAUGAAGAAAGAUACCUUAUCAGAAGAGGAGACACAGUUUUACAUUUCUGAAACUGUGUUGGCCAUAGAUGCUAUUCACCAGCUGGGGUUCAUCCACAGGGAUAUUAAGCCAGAUAACCUUCUACUGGAUGCUAAGGGUCAUGUAAAACUGUCUGAUUUUGGGCUAUGCACAGGUUUAAAGAAAGCUCACAGAACUGAGUUCUACAGGAAUCUCACACACAACCCACCAAGUGACUUCUCAUUUCAGAACAUGAACUCCAAGAGAAAAGCAGAAACGUGGAAGAAAAACAGGCGACAGCUGGCAUAUUCUACUGUUGGAACUCCAGACUAUAUUGCACCAGAAGUAUUCAUGCAGACUGGGUACAACAAGCUGUGUGACUGGUGGUCUUUGGGAGUGAUUAUGUAUGAAAUGCUAAUAGGGUAUCCACCUUUCUGCUCAGAAACACCACAGGAGACUUACAGAAAAGUUAUGAACUGGAAAGAAACAUUGGUGUUUCCUCCAGAGGUGCCCAUUUCAGAGAAAGCAAAGGAUUUAAUUCUAAGGUUUUGUAUCGACUCGGAGAAUAGAAUUGGUAGUAAUGGAGUAGAGGAAAUAAAGAGUCAUCCCUUUUUUGAAGGAGUAGACUGGGGGCAUAUCAGAGAAAGACCAGCUGCCAUUCCUAUCGAAAUCAAAAGUAUUGAUGAUACUUCAAACUUCGAUGAAUUUCCUGAAUCAGAUAUUUUACAGCCAGUGCCAAACACAACGGAACCUGACUACAAAUCCAAAGACUGGGUUUUCCUCAAUUACACCUACAAGAGGUUCGAAGGGCUGACACAGCGUGGCUCCAUCCCUUCCUACAUGAAAGCUGGGAAGUUGUGAGGCAAGCACACAAACCCACGGAGGAAAUAACAAUACAAACCUCAGGUAGCUGCAUCACCAGACCUGCUUGGUGUUACUAAUCACUUCACUGACUCUGCACAUCAAUUUCACAAGGAAAUUCUACAGGAUUAGGAUUUCUGAGACUACUACAGGAAUUAGUUGGCAGUGCCAGCUGGCUUUUCUUUUGGUUUUUU